AUGAGUCCUAGUUCUUCCACUUCCCGACCUCGAUCUUUCCGUUCCAAGCUUGACCGCGCCCACUCCAGCGAUUGCGAGGUGAGGAGAUUCCUUGCGUCGCUCAAGGAAUGCUCGCGAUCCCGGGAUCUGGAUUGGGGUAAGCAAAUCCACGCCGAGGCGGAGUGCUGCGGCCUCGAUUCCAAUGCGUUCGUGGCGAGCAGCCUGGUGAAUCUCUAUGGCAAGUGCGGCUGCAUGGACGAGGCGCGCAGGGCUUUCGACCGGAUGAACUGCCCCGACCUCGUCGCGUGGAAUUCUCUCAUUCUGGGCUAUGCCGUGAAUGGGCAUGGCGGGGUUGCGCUCCAGCUCUUCCUGGACAUGGAAUCGCGGGGCUUGAAAGGGAAUUCUGUCACGUUUAUUGGAUUGCUCAAGGCCUGCGCGAGCCUCGCAGAGAAGGAGAAUGGGAUGGUUUUAGAAGAUCUAGAGCUCGUCGUGAAGUUUUCUUCUCUUGAGAGAGGAAUGGCUCUUCACUCCCUUGCCACUGCAAGGGGAAUCGACACAAACGCUUUGGUAGCUAGCAGCCUGGUGGAAAUGUAUGCUCGGUGUGGAAGCGUGGUGGAUGCGUGGAAGGUUUUUCAUGGAGCUCCAAAGCGUGACGUAGUUCUAUGGACUUCUUUGAUGCAGGGUUUUGUAGAGAAUGGGCAGAGCGAGGUGGUGCUUGAGCUCUUCGUGGAAAUGCAACGAGACAGCAGUGGAGCAAAUGCCAGAACCUUUGUUGCGGUGUUCCAGGCCAUCACUUCUUUAGCAAAGAGGGAACGAGGAGAAGAAACUAUCCAUGGAAGGAUACUCAAGCUGAAGUCUCUGGAAAGAGCUGCUUGAUCCAAAUGUACGCGGCUUGUGGCAGCAUGGGCGAUGCUCUUGGAGUAUUUAGCACCAUUUUCCAGCCAAAUCAAGUCUGCUGGACGGCAUUGAUGCUCGGCUCGAGGGAUGUUCUCCAGACGUGUGGACGCUCGUUUGCGUGCUCAAAGCUUGUGGAAGCUCAGUAGCCUUGAGGCUUGGCCGGAUACUUCACGAAGAGAUCACGAGCUUGGGGUUCCAGUUCCAGGGAGCCGUGAUCUCUUCGUUGGUAGAUUUCUACAGCAGAUGUGGGAGCAUGGACGAAGCGGAGCUGGUUUUCAACUCGGUCUCGAGGAAGGAUGCUGUGAGUUGGAGCUCACUUAUCGCGGGCUACAGCCGCCAGGGAGACAACGAUCGAGUGAUCCAGCUCUUUGAGAAGAUGUGUGACGAGGGUGUCAAGCCGGACGGUGUAACUUAUGUCUCGGUGCUCGCGACUUGCAGCCGGGCUGGGAUGAUCGAGCAAGGCAAGAAAUUUUUCCAGGAGAUGACGUCUAGGUGUGGAUUAGAUCCGGGCAUUGAGCACUACCACUGCAUGAUCGACAUGCUGGGACGAGCAAAGCAGAUCGAAGAAGCUCUGGAGAUGGUGGAAGCUAUGCCGUUCGAAGCCACAAUGGUCACUUGGACGAGUUUGCUGGCUGCUUGCUCGAAGUGGAAGAAUGGGAGAGUGGAGAAGAUUGCUUGUGACAACAUCGUCUCUCUCCUGCAGAAGAUUUCUCCAUAGCUCAUUACACGGGCUUUUUAAAAGAGAUCAUGUCGAUCUCAAUGAUAGCUUAUGGUCAGUGUGAUUCGAUUGAUUCCUUUCUUA